AUGUCGGCCCGUAGAAGAACAUCCGAUUGGGAAGACAAGCCAGCAAAGGAUCUCGAUCCUGAGGCUGAGCAUGUCGAGCAAAGCGAAAACGACAGCGGCAGUGAAGAAAGCGCAGAUGAGAAUGCGGGCACCGAGCACUAUGUCGCAGUCGGCAAGAGCAAACUCCGGGGAAAGGAGGGUGUCUCGCUAGGCCCGAAAUACCGCGGCGCUCGCGUCAGCCGCGACGCACUGAACGAGUCGAGCGACGACGAUGAUAGCGAGAUAUUCGAGGACGCGCAGGAGGACCUAGACUCUAAUGGCGAGGAGUACGACGACCCGGACGCCGCCGACUUGGCUGCCGACACUGCAGCCGCCGGAGACGAAGACGUCGAGAUCUCGAGCGAUGACGCACUCGGCGAGAGCGACGAUGAGAAGCUCGAGGCCUUUGCUUUCCGCGGCAGCUCGCAGCCCAAGGAUAAGAAGGGAAGCCGAAGCAAGAGACCUACCGCUGCUGACUUCAUCUCCGACGAGGAUGAGGAGGAGGAAGAUGAUGACGACGAGGACGGCGAGGGUGCUGCAUUGGAUGAUGAGGACGACGAGAUGGACGACUCAGAUGACAACGAAGGUCUGACGGACGGAUUAGAAGGGUCAGACGAGGACGAGGAAGACGAAUUGGGCUCAGAUGAAGAAUCGGAGGAAGAUUCUGAGGACGACGACGACGACGAAGACGACAAGCCUCGCGGCAAGUCCUCCCAAGCCGACGCCAGAGCCGAGCAGCGCAGGCUCAUGAACGAAGGCUCCAAGGUCCUCGCCGCCUCCAUCUCCGCCGCCGCUCAGCAAGACGCCCAAAAGGGCCUCGCCGUCCGCGAGCAGCGCAAAACCUUUGACGGCCUCCUCAACAUCCGCAUCAGGCUGCAAAAGGCCCUCGUUGCCACAAACUCGUACUCCACCGUCGAGGACGACGAAGAAGAGCAAAACUCUGAACCGUAUGAGGCGGCCGAGGAGGCGGCGCUCAAGCUGCUCAACACCCUCGACAGCUUCCGCGCCAGCCUGCUCCCCGCAGAGCUACAGCAGCAGCAGGCCGGCGGCAAGCGCAAGAGGGGCGAAGCGUUCGACGCCGCGACCUCGAGCCAGGAGAUCUGGGAGGGCAUCCAGCAGGCCGAGGAACGCGCGGCCAAAUACCGCAAAAAGGUGCUCGAGACGUGGUCCAGCAAGACGCGCAGCGCCACGGUGGAGGUCAAGUCGCGCAACCUCAUCUCCUCGCAGGCGUCCAUCGUCGCCUCCCUCGAGGAGCAGCUCCUCUCCGCCGACCGCCUCAUCAAGCGCACCCGUACCCCGCGCUCGUGCGCGCCGGCGCAGGUCGCGGCCAAGGUCAACGAGGACCCGGACAUUUACGACGACGCCGAUUUUUACCAGCUCCUCCUCAAGGAGCUCGUCGAGCAGCGCACCGCCGACAACGGCGGCGCUGGCGCCUCCGGCGCGCAGCCCACGGUGCGGUGGGCGGCGAUGAAGGAGGCAAAGACCAAGAAACACGUCGACAGGCGCGCGAGCAAGGGCCGCAAGAUGCGCUUCAACGUCCACGAGAAGCUGCAGAACUUCAUGGCGCCCGAGGACCGCAGGGCGUGGGAGCAGGAUGCCGUCGACAGAUUGUUCGGCACGCUGUUUGGCCAGAAGAUGGAGCUCGGCGAGCAGGCUUCUGAUGCGGAGAUGGAGGACGAUGAGGAGGUUGAUGCUGAAGAGGCCGGUCUACGGUUGUUCCGCAACUAG